CUGUCGAACGUCGAGGCGCAGUGGGAGAAGCUGAGCGCCGAGGACCAGGUCGUCGUGCACCAGCAGCUCGAGGCGCUGCAGAAGAAGGACUGGAAGGAGCUCAGCAUCGAUGAGAAGAAGGCUGCGUACUACGUCGCGUUUGGCCCGCACGGCCCCCGCACGCCUGUCAACCCCCCCGGCACGAGCGCGAAGGUCACCGCCGGCGUCUUUGGCCUCAUCGCAGCUGCCGCGGCCGUCUUCGCGACCGUCCGUGCGUUCGCGCCGCCUCCGCCGAGGACGAUCACGAAAGAGUGGGAAGACGCCGCGCUGGAGCGCGCGCGCGAGAUGAACAUCAACCCUAUCUCUGGUGUCUCGUCGGAAGGGUACGCCGGCAAGGGCUUC